AUGAGUCAAUUUAUCCAACUAAACCUCUCCAAAGACCCGAUCUACGACCACUGCUUCUCGCAGGACCGCAAGAGCGUCGCCAUCACGCGCCAGAACAACGUCGAGAUCUACGACCUGUCUGCUGCCGGUAAGCCCAAGCUGCUGGCUGUUCUCCAGCACCACGACAAAACCGUCACCGCGGUGGACAUCAGCAAGGACGGCAAGAUCGUCACGUGCUCGCAGGACAGAAACGCGCUUGUUUGGGAGCCCACUGCGGGCGGCGAGUACAAGCCGACGCUGGUUCUGCUGCGUAUCAACAGAGCGGCCACGUCUGUGAAAUGGAGCCCCUGCGGGUCCAAGUUUGCCGUCGGCUCGUCCGCGAGGGUGAUUGCCGUGUGCUACUUUGAGGUCGAGAACGACUGGUGGAUCUCGAAACACAUCAAGAGACCGCUCAAGUCGACGGUGUUGUCGCUCGACUGGCACGAGAACAGCGUGCUGCUGGCGUGCGGGUCGACCGACGGCCAUGUGCGGGUGUUCUCCACGUACAUCAAGGGCGUCGACACCAAGCCGCCGGCCACUGUGUGGGGCGAGAGACUGCCGUUCCAGACGCUGUGUCUGGACUACAACGUGGGCUCGUGGGUGCACGACGUCAAGUUCGACCCGAGCUACUCGUUCGUCGCGGCCGUCGGCAACGACUCGGCGGUGUACUUUGUGUACCCUGGGCCUGGGGAGCAGGAGGUUGCGGGCGUUGUCACGGCCAAAACGUCGUACCUGCCGUUCCGAACGCUGAUUUUUGCGUCGCCGUCCAAGGUCAUUGCCGCAGGCCACAACUGCCACCCGAUCGUGUUUGAAGGAGACAGCAGCGGCUGGCAGCACACGUACGCGAUCGACGACCCGGCCACCAAGACGAAAACGAGCCACGAGAGCCAGUCUGCGCUGAACCUGUUCAGACAGCUGGACCUCAAGGGCUCGAGCGACGCCAACAGCGGGGAGCUGCUGACGGUGCACCAGAACACGAUCAACGUGCUCAGGCCGUUCCAGACGGACGGCCACGGCGUGCUACGGUUCAGCUCGUGCGGCAACGACGGGAAAAUCGUGAUUUUCGACGUGUAA